AUGGUGCCCAAAAAUGGGGUUUUAUCUUCUCUUCAAAAGAUAACAGCUGCACUUAGGAUGCUUGCGUAUGGAGUUACAGCUGAUUUUAUGGAUGAGUAUGUGCGGAUUGGAGAAUCCACUGCAAUGAGAAGUCUAAAAAAAUUUGUUAAAGCGGUGGUUGAUAUUUUCUCCAAGGAAUACUUGAGGUCUCCAAACAACGAAGAUAUUGCUAGACUUUUAGCCAAUGGGGAAAGACGUGGAUUUCCAUGGAUGCUAGGGAGCAUUGAUUGCAUGCAUUGGAAAUGGAAAAAUUGUCCGGUUGCAUGGAAAGGUCAGUACUCUGGUCACAUUCAUGAGCCAACCAUUGUUUUGGAAGCAGUGGCAUCUUAUGAUCUUUGGAUAUGGCAUGCGUUUUUUGGAUUACCUGGGUCAAAUAAUGACAUUAAUGUAUUAGAACGGUCUCCUAUAUUUUCUGAGCUCGAACAAGGACGUGCUCCUGCAGUUAAUUACUCAAUCAAUGGUCAUGAGUAUAAAAUGGGAUACUAUCUUGCCGAUGGUUCUUUGUGUCUUGCCCCUUGGCCAGCUUCCAGAUCUUAUAAGAGUUUAUUGUUUAAUGGAAGUGUGGUGCCAUUUGCUGUACUUUGCGUAGGUGGUUCUAAAUUAUUCUUGAAAGUUACAGUGGUGGUUGUUCCUGUUUUCUGGUGGAAAUAA